UUAAAAAAGCAGUUAUAAAGAUGCAUAAUGCAGGAUUUGUACAUGGUGAUUUAAGAUGUGAAAAUAUCCUCUGUAAGAAGAAACAAAAAAUUGGUGGUAAUAAUGAUCAAGUAGAUAUUGCAAUUAUAGAUUUUGAUUGGGCUG